UUCUGAGGGGGUCCAACCGAGAGCAGUUGGCUUGGACGAGGAACGCGGGGCAGUUUUCCUUCUCCCUUCUCCUUCCCACAGCGCUGGGAGGUUACCCAGGGGGCCCUGCGCGUGCUGGCCAAGCGCCCUACUGCUCCGCUCUCUCUCCGUCCCCGAGCUUCUGGCUUCGGUUUGGAACCCUCUGCGGACUGAGCUGCCUAAGGACUGACAAACCCCGAGACGGAGGGCCCCAGAGCGGACCUCCCCUAACCCGUUUUCUCUUGGAGUAGUCACAGCCCUCCUCCCGGGAUGGCGGACCCUGGGGACGGCAAGAUGGCGUCGCCGGCUGCCCUGAAGGAGAAGAGGCUCAUGGAGGUGAGAGUCGGCGAGCUGCCCCGCUGGCUGUUCCUGCGGGACUUGAGCCCCAGCGGCGUCGCAGGUGCCUUCCGGAGAGGCUACGAGCGCUACUACAGCAAGUACAUCGACGUGCGCAAGGGCAGCAUGUCGGGCGUCACCAUGGUGCUGGCGGCCUACGUGCUCUUCAGCUACUGCCUGUCCUACAAGGAGCUCAAGCACGAGCGCUGGCGGAAGUACCACUGAGGAGGGCAGCGGCGAGGGCGCCGGGCACGGCCGCCCACCCACCAGAGGACCCGGCCGCGAGCCGGGGGGGCGCCCAGUAAACGCCCACUGACCCACC